UAUUCAGCUCAGAAGUAAGUGAAGCAUCAUCUCUCUGUUUCCAUGUGGCUUCAGGUCUUCAUUGGUUCAGUUAAUUAUCUAUUUUGGUAAGUGUUUCAAAGUGCCUCUGUGGGGUAUACAGCAUGUCCUCUUGUGUGAUGCCAACUCCUAUCCAAUGGGUAGGUUCAUAAAAGAGCAGCCUACUCUGGACUUUGAGGGAAGAAGAAAUCAACGGGACAUUGUCUUCUGUUAUUCUCAAGAACCCGUGGCAGAUUGUCAUCAGACUUCUUUUAUGGAAGUUCAUGCAAGACAUUGUGUGCUUAUCAUGAAAACUCCACUCUACUUCUCUAAUGGGGCAGAGCACUAUUCUCCUCCUUGGUUCAGUGUUGCUCCCAUGAUGAAAUGGACUGAUAACCAAUACAGAACUUUGGCCUGUCUCAUCUUAAGGAAGACGUGGCUCUACCCAGAAAUGCUUGCUGACGAAACAACUGUCUACCAGUCUGGCAAUUUGUUUGUUGUGGAGGCCAUGUGCAUAAUUGCUGCAAAUACAAAUGUUCCCGUGAGUAUGCAGAAUUGGACUUGUGAUGAAAAAUAUUUGCAGUUUCAAGUGGAUGAUUUGCCGUAUUCAUGUCCAACAUGCCGCGGAGAUAAUUAUAAGUCGAUAAAUCUUAACAAUGCUGUUCCGGAGCUUUGGAAGAGGAGAGAUGUAGCUGAUGGGGAUUUAAUUGCAACUUUGAGGGCAGGAGCUGGGUUGCCUGUUGAUGAUGAAAUAUUUUCUAUUUCACCCUUUUCAGAGGAUGAAAAUAGUGCUCCUCUAGUGGAUUAUCAACAUAAACUAUCCUUAAAGUUUUCUCCUACUUGUUUAGUUGACAAGUAUCCCCAAAAGAGCAAGGAAUGUGGAAAAGAUUCUGGUGAGGAGAAGGGGUUAGCUGGACAAAAUGGACAUCCUGAUGCUCUAUCUGGUGGAUAUAUUGCUGGUGAUGUCAAGAAUGAUGAAUUGCAGGCCUAUGGUGAACUGAAUAACUUUUCUUCUCCUGUUGGUAGCUUAACAGAAGGUAUAUGUUCAUUUAAUGAGGCAGGGAUCAAAUAUCACAAAUUUAUAGAUGAGGUUACUGAAAACAUGGAUAAGAGAACAGUCCAAAGGAAUGAUAGCAAGCCUCAGCAUUUGGAUGGGGAUGAUGUUGGGAUUCAAAAAAGCAUGCCAAAGAUCUCCAAGGGGCCAAAUGAUAAAAAAAAUUCUAUGUCGUUUUUGGGUUCUUCUUUCUUUCCAUUUUCUAACUUGUAUGAAUCUUUUUUUAAAACUAUGGUUUCUCCGUAGAGUUUGAUGACUGUAAAUAUGCUUUUCUACUUGCUUGCAUCGCUUAUGACACAAAAGCUACGGUUUUCAAAAUUGUUAUCUCAUCCAGACAAAAGGUUGUGCCAUUGACAAAGAUGAUUAUAGUUUUCUUCUGUGCAUUAUUAUUUCUUCGAGA